GGAAUCACCCAGGUAUGGGAACAGAUAGUACGGAAGUUUAACAACAUAUUUGCUAUAAGUAGGACUCUUCUUAAAAUCUGACGUAAAUAACUCCUCCACUCUCUGGCUCAAGUGCUAAUUCCUGGGAAAUAAAAGUAUAAAUAGCAGAAAAAUCUCCCAGAAAAACAUGUGAAUGCAUAGGUAAAUAUUUAUGUGAUAAGGACUUACAACACUAUAAAUAAUUACUCCUCAUAGAAGUCUGCAUUACCUCAAAAUACAUAACUCAAGAGACAUAAUCUGUAACCAUGGAAUUGGCAUAUUUUUAUGGAGUAUUGACAUUUUUAUUUACAUUGCGGCAUUAUGCAAACGCAUGUUCUUGCUUUCCAACACAUACCCAGAACCAUUACUGCAGAGCUGAUUUUGUAAUUGUUGCAACUGUGAAAAAUGUAGAAGAAAUAUACAAUAACCCAUUCAAACAGACCAAUAAAAUCCCAGAAGGUCCAGUUUAUCCAUUUCCAAUCAGGAGAAAGUUCAAGGCUAGAAUUCAUAGGUCAUUUAAGAAGAAUGGAAAUGACACAUCAAGAGACAUUAUAAUAAAUACUCCAGGUUCUGAUGCUGCAUGUGGUGUACAGUUAGACAAAAAUAAGAAGUAUAUAAUUGGUGGUUAUAAAGUUGAAGGAGAUUACUGGAUUAAUCUAUGUGGCUGGGUGCAGGAAUAUAAAACACUUAACAGACAGCAAAUAAAAGGACUUAAAUUUUUCUAUGGAAAAAAUUGUCAGUGCAAGGUAUCAUGGUGUAAUGGUAACUUCUGUAAUUCAGGAUAUGGAAGUUCAAACAAAAAAACAUGUAAAUGGGAACCACGAUGGAGUAAUGAUUGCUAUAUAAGAUAUGGAGUCUGUAGUGAAAACAGAUCAGAUGGCUCUUGUUCGUGGAAGAAAAACAGGAAAUUCAAAACCUGCCUUCAGACAAAUGAUGAAGUAUUUCCAUGGAAACAAAGGAAACCAUCCAACGAAGCAGAAGUGUUUUCCCCAUCCAUACAUGAACAUGAACACAGCCCUGGUUAUAUGCCUUAAUGUUUCUCUCAGUAAAUGUGUAACAAACCAAAAGACAAGAAAACUAAUGUCAACAAGUUUUGUAUCGUAAAUAGGGCAUAAUAUCAGACAGAUGAUAUUGUUUUGUAAAGUAAUGUGAUGAGUAUGAACUGUUCGACAGAUUUCUAAUUGAUAUGACAAGAAUGUUGAACUAUGUUUUUUUUUAGUGACAUUUCUGCAUGACUGUAGAAAUCUCACUUAUCAAUGACUUUUUCAUAUUGAAGAAACAUACAAACUAUAGACAUACUUGAAGUAUUUUUCAUGUGUGUAUAUUUUUGCUAUAUCUGGAGUUGAACAUUUUCCUAUCCAGAUAUUUUUCUGCAACAUAUAUUUUUAUGGUCAUCUUGAAUAAAAGUGAAAUAAAAUAACAAACAAAACAUUCUAACUUCUAAUUUAUGUGAAAACUGAAAAAAAAAUAAUCUUAAAAUUGUUUCAAUUUUCAUUUUUUUAAUAAGCUAAAAACUUUCACAUAUAAUACACUGGAACCACAUGUUUCUAUGAAAAAUAAUGGAGCCUUGAAUGAGCCAGCAGACAUAACCAAUCCCCAAAUAAAAGCAUACAAUUUGCAGCUGUAGUUUUUAUAAGGUAUGAUGCCUUCAGGCCAGUAGCCAGGAAUUUCCAAAGGGGGGUUCGUUUGACUCACAAACUCGACUUUAACAGUGCUUAUUUGUCCGAACCCCCCCUGGCUACGGGUAAGGCUUUGUUAUGAUUUAAGACUGUAAUAUACUCGAAAAAAGAAAAAAAAAGAAUCUUCCUCUCAUUAUAUCUGUGACAAUAAAGAAUGCAAUUUGAUAAACAGUUUUUCAUUAAGCCUUCAAAAUUAGUGACUGACAGGCUCACAUACUGACAGACUUACUGUGUAGCACUUGGGUAUAAUCAAAGAGAUGAAGGCCUUUUUGUACAAGGAUAAAUAUAUCAAGACAAAAAGAUGUUAAGUUCAGUAAUAUGUAUGUCUUUUGAAUAUAUAUAAUUCGUCCGAACCCCCCUGGCUACGGGUAAGGCUUUGUUAUGAUUUAAGACUGUAAUAUACUCGAAAAAAGAAAAAAAAAGAAUCUUCCUCUCAUUAUAUCUGUGACAAUAAAGAAUGCAAUUUGAUAAACAGUUUUUCAUUAAGCCUUCAAAAUUAGUGACUGACAGGCUGACAUACUGACAGACUUACUGUGUAGCACUUGGGUAUAAUCAAAGAGAUGAAGGCCUUUUUGUACAAGGAUAAAUAUAUCAAGACAAAAAGAUGUUAAGUUCAGUAAUAUGUAUGUCUUUUGAAUAUAUAUAAUUCGUCCGAACCCCCCUGGCUACGGGUAAGGCUUUGUUAUGAUUUAAGACUGUAAUAUACUCGAAAAAAGAAAAAAAAAGAAUCUUCCUCUCAUUAUAUCUGUGACAAUAAAGAAUGCAAUUUGAUAAACAGUUUUUCAUUAAGCCUUCAAAAUUAGUGACUGACAGGCUGACAUACUGACAGACUUACUGUGUAGCACUUGGGUAUAAUCAAAGAGAUGAAGGCCUUUUUGUACAAGGAUAAAUAUAUCAAGACAAAAAGAUGUUAAGUUCAGUAAUAUGUAUGUCUUUUGAAUAUAUAUAAUUUUCUCAAGAUUUGUUAUGUCUUGACAUUUUCUUGUUAUUGUACAUUAUUGUAAAUACACUUAUCAUAGGCAGCUAACUCAUUCAAAGGGAAGUAACUAAUAAAUGUAUUUAUUUCCUUUUUAUAAAAUCUUUUAAUUUUUCAUGCAAAUUUGAAAUAAAGUAGAAAUAGCAGAAAAACUAGCAAAAAACUAAGUUAUUAAUUUGAUUAAUUUUCCUCAUUAACAGAAAAAGGUAGCUACAUCUAUUUUGGCUUCCGACUUACUGAAAACAUUGUAUGAUGAAAUUAAAUUGACACAACCCAAAUGAAAUGUUGUAUUUUUGUGUCUUGAAUGUGUUGAUGUUAUGAAUUAAUUUUUUGUAAUAUUCACCUUUGAACUGAUUUAAGGAAACCUAAGGAUUUGUAUAGUAAUCCAUUAAUAGUCAACGAAAAAUAAGACUCUUAAGGACAACACACUUUAAGUACAUAUAUAUAUCUUAACAUAUCAUAUUCACACAUUGUUCAUCUAUGUAUAUACAUUGUAGAUAGUUCUUUUGUGAUUUUUUUCAAUAAAAACAUGUUAAUAAAA